AUAAGUCCAUUUUUACAUGUCACAUCGACAAUAUGCUCUCACUGCUCAGCAGUCACUUCUCAAACUUAUUUUCUAACACGUUCCGCAACACCACCAUGUUUUUAUUUUACACUUCCCUUUAACUUUUCGAUCAAACUCAACAACCAUUCUCUCUCUCUUUCUUACUCCUCCAAUUUCUGUUUCCUGCAAUGUUUGAUUCACAGCUUUACAAUGAACUUGAAUUCUUCAACCUUACAAACUCAGCUUUCUUCGUUAAAUCAUCUACUUCUUUUCUGGUGCACAUAUCAUCUAACAACUCGUCGAUAAUUCCUUCAAAUUUUGUCUCCUCUUCUUUUCCGUUAAAGAUUCACUGGACAAAUCAAAACGCUAUUCAUUCCGAGAUUCGUCGCCGCUUUUCUGAUUUUUUAUGUGUUAGUUUUUCUGUGAAAGAUUCCAGUGGUUCUAAUGAUGGGUUUUCUGGAGAUUCUUCGGGGCAAUUAUUGGGGAAAAAUGGGGAUCAUGAUUCCGAGAUUUUUAGGGUUUCUGAACGAGUUGAGGAAUAUAAGGAGGAGAAAAGUUAUGGUGCAUUGAAUACUACUAAACAUUUAUGGGCUGGUGCUGUUGCUGCCAUGGUUUCAAGGACUUGUGUUGCCCCUCUUGAAAGAUUGAAGUUGGAGUACAUAGUCCGCGGUGAGCAAAAGAAUUUGUUUGAGCUUAUCCAAACAAUUGCAGCUACGCAAGGAGUCAGAGGCUUUUGGAAAGGAAAUUUUGUCAACAUCCUUCGGACAGCUCCUUUUAAGGCAAUUAAUUUUUAUGCUUAUGAUACUUACAGAAAUUACCUUAGCAAGUUAUCUGGAAACGAGGAAGCUUCAAAUUUUGAGAGAUUUGUUGCUGGUGCAGCAGCUGGUAUCACUGCUACCUUACUUUGCCUACCCAUGGACACUAUAAGGACUAUCAUGGUAGCCCCAGGUGGUGAAGCUUUAGGUAGUGUCAUUGGUACUUGCCGCCAUAUGGUACAAACUGAAGGGUUCUUCUCUCUUUACAAGGGCUUGGUGCCUUCAGUUGUAGCUAUGGCUCCUUCUGGUGCAGUCUUUUAUGGCGUGUAUGACAUUCUGAAAGCAGCCUAUUUGAAUUCACCGAAAGGGAAGAAAAGAAUAGAAAGCAUGAAACAUCAAAGAGGAGAUCUCAAUGCUUUGGAUCAGCUGGAGCUAGGUCCUGUCCGAACAUUAAUUUAUGGGGCAAUUGCUGGGGCUUGUUCUGAAGCUGCUACUUAUCCAUUUGAGGUUGUUAGAAGACAGCUUCAGAUGCAGGUGCGGGAAACCAAAAUGAAUGCUAUAGCAACUUGUGUCAAGAUCGUAGAGCAAGGAGGUGUUCCAGCCCUAUAUGCCGGAUUAAUCCCAAGCUUGCUACAGGUUCUACCAUCUGCUGCCAUCAGCUACCUUGUGUAUGAGUUUAUGAAGAUAGUUCUCAAAGUGGAAUCAUAGUUACCUCGAUGCCUUUAUUAGCUGCUUGGAAGUCGUAACUCGCAGCUGCUGUUUUUUCAACUUGCCACCAUGAAGUAAACUGAUAUACGUGUAUCACAAUAGUUUAAAGCAAAGAGAUCUCAAGUGCGUGUCUAAUUUACGUGCUUUCCUCAACAACGCCUCUUUGUCAACGUCAAUUCAAUACGAAUGGUUUAGCUUAGCUGAAGAGAAUGGUGUAACAUUGUGUGAUUAAUUUUUUCUGUUGUGUAUCGGUAGACUGAUAUUGUGAAGGGAUUCUGCAUCUCACCUGUUACAAUCAAAUACAACUAUUAAAGAAUUUAACAGAAGACCCGAAUUACUGAAAGAGGAGUACGCGUAAACGUUAUACGAGAUUUUCAGCUGACAAUUUGGAUGUUGGGGAGCUGAUUCUUAAUUGUUAUUUGAUUUAGCUCCAUUGUCAACCUUAAAACUUGUUACUUGUCAUCAUUGUGGAAUAAAUUUCAUCCCCGUAUUGUUCUUUAUCAAAUUAUUUGACCACAUUCAAUUUUCUUCGAAUAUUGAAAUCUUUUUGUUGGUAGUUGUCUUCAAUAUAAUAUUAAAAGGUUGC